AUGAUCUACGCCUACCUCUAUGACCACGAAUCCAAGAAGGUCUUUGUCUUGAUCACGAGGAGGUUUGUGAUCAUCUGUCAGACACCAUCUUGGUUUAACUUGUGCUUUCAGCAUCCCUUUGCGGGGUUCCAGGGCCGUUGGUUCGUUGUUGUUGGAUACAUUGCUAUGCAUGGCCAAGUAUCUGCUUUAUAUUGUGAUGAAUCCGUCAUGGAACAACGUCCUUGGCUCGAUGUACUCUAUGUUGUUGGGGUGCUGACCAUCCCCGAUAAUUUCAACGUUGACCACAAUCACCCAUUAUUUGAAGCAACACCUGGUGACUUGGAUUUUCUUGUCAAGACCCCAUAUGGUAGGCCCAAUAUCCUAGGGAAACCAGGCCGGAUGUGGUUCGAAAGUGUUGCUCUUACUCUCGCCCAGCUCGUGCAAGCAUCGAUUGAUUUCAACCCGCCACUAUCUCUAAAGGAAUUCCCACAACCUACCAAUGCCACCUUCAAAAGCAAUCCCUUUAUGCAUGAGCUAUCGCACUGUCCUGUUAAUGAGCCCGUGGCAUCAACAUCCGGGCACUUCAUGCCCUCCACUCAUCCCACCAUCACCGACCAGCUACCUCUCCCAGCCCCUUCGACUGUCACGGACGAUGCAUACCUGUUGGAUACCUUACUGGGCCCUGUGCCACAUGCCCCUUUUGCCGUUCAAUCAACAACCAUGAUGCACCUUCUCGACUAUGGCGACACUAACUGGCCAGUUCUCAAUCUUCUCCCCAGUGACCUUGGAGAACUCGGCCCUUUAGAGCAACCGGGUGAGGUUGUCACCAGCGAACCAACCCCCAUAAAUGCAAAUCUUUCUCUUCAUCCGGAUUUGAAAUGGAGAGAUUCGGAAUAUUUGUGGGGGCAGAUCGAGUCGGGUGACAAGCAAAAAAUACUUCGUGUGUUGGGGAAAAAGCUGUGCUACUGGUAUCGUGUUAUCGAGCUCACGAGGGCCCUGAUAUUGGGUAGUCUCUGGCUUCCUAACUGCCCUCCAAAUCGAUGGGAAGACAUACACAGACAGCCAUUAAUGAUAUUGAGCAACGGUAAAGAGGUUGGAUGGCCGAUUAUCCGCACCCAUUUACUUUCACUAGUCACCAACACAAGUUCUGAGCUAAGGAAAGUUGUCAAAGGCGUCAUGUCACCUAUUACAGGCUUUUGUGCAAAGCACGAGAUAAAGAUUACAAUAAAGCAAUUUCUUUCAAUAUUGAACUUUGGGCAUAACAAAGCUGUACAAGAAGCUCUUGCCAAACUUGUAGUCCAUCAACUCUUCAGGGAACUGUUAUGGGCAGCGCUUUUUGCCCCAUUCGAUGGGUUGGCUGACGGAAAACGCCCUGCAAGAAUAGUGGAUUUGUUUCCCAAAGAACUCUGUGCAUCAAUUGGAUGCUUGGCUCAAGAUACCAUUGGAAACUUGCUGACAAUAAUUUACCAUACGAUGCUCCUUGUUUUAAGAGAAGGACCAAACAAAGAAAGCGUCUCUUCAUAUAAGAGGCAUGAGGUCAUGAAUGAAGUCAUUAUGUCCGCGCUCGCCCCCAUGUAUGCAAAUCCAGAUGACUUUCCCAAGUUCACGGAGACAAUAAUGAGUCUGCCUUUCAUAACGAAUGAGCACAUACUUAAUAUAAACCCCAAGAAGAAAUGUCCCUGUCAUAUCCCGCGUUCCGGACCUGGACCAAUCACACACAUCAUUUCCGGACUUCCGGAUCCGGCUGACUUCUACCCAUCAUCCGGAUCCGACCUGCGUCUAACUUCCGUGCCUUAUCCCUUUUCCUCCGCUGUUUCCUUUCUAGUUCGGACAUCGUCCGGAUUAGUCUUAUCCCUCGUUCCCGAACGUCCACCGGAAUUCCCGCGCAUCGGACAUCGGACUCCGGACUCGUCCGACAACCUCCGGACAUCGUCCAACAGCCCUCGGAAGUUAGGGGCACGUACUCGGGUAAGGGGUGCAGUGCACGAGCUGAAGCCAAGCCCUUCGGAUCCGACACUUGAGCAUGUUCUUAACAGUCCCAAGUCGAAUAGGAAGGUCAAGAAGACAAGAGGAAUGGAAGACGUUAAAGCCAUCAUUGUCACAUCACUCAAUGAUGUCCCAGGGCGGCAUGGUUUGCCAAAUAAUAAAGGCUUCUACUGCUACAGGUCAUUCACAGAUGUGUUUUGCCUUCCUUCCGACUUUGAACCGCUUCCAUCUUCGUGA